AUGACUAACUUUUAUACUAUUUCGAAAUUGACUUUUUUUAAGAUGAAACAAUUUAUGCUCUUCGCCCUUGUUGUCCUGGCUGUAGUGGUAUGUGUACGAUCAGAAGAAGACAGUGAUGUAUAUAAGAGAUAUCUAUAUCGUCCAGGUAUGGGUGGAGUAGGUAGCCCCAUAGGUGGAGUAGGUGGCGUUGGUGGUAUCAAUGGUGGCAUGUGCAAAACCCGCAAUCAACGUUGUCAAGUAUCGGGUAACAAUGCCAUGAGAUGUUGUCGACAAUUUAUGUGUCAAAGAGUUAGAGGAAUGUACAUGUGCCAAUAAGUUGGUAAGCGAAUUGGUAUUCCGUUCUUAUCUAUGGUGGCAAAUUUCUGCCCCGUGAAUCUACGGAUGGAACCUGUUGGAAAUUCAUAAACCCAUUCAAUAGCAUUAAAUGUUCUUUAGAUAU